CCGACUUGGUUACUGUGGGUGGCCCGUGCAAGUGGUUUUAGCAUACAUGUAUUGACCUUUUGGAGAUUUUAGUACUUUUGACAGGGCGUAUAAAGACAUACCAACAUUAUUAAUUUAUCACUUUAGUUGCUUGCAGUACAACCAUUGCAAAAUGCCAGUUUAUGUGAGAAAAAAUGUGUUUACUCCACCUUCCAUUGAUAACGUAUCGAGCGAAGAUGAGGAUGACUAUCUGCAAGACCCGGAACUGUUGAGGGAUGACCUACCUCAGCCGUAUCGCAUGAUUGACAAAAUUCUGUCAAUGGUUCUGGACACUGUGUGGGACAUUAUAUCAAUAAAGGAAAGAUACAGAUUGGCACAGGAGAGUAAAAUUAGACCACCACGCUAUGAUAGUGCUCAGGAAAUGCAGCCAGCAUUCAGUAAGGUGACUGAGAUGACCAACAGUGUUGAUGGGCGGUAUAUCUUUGUCGGUUUACCCAAUAGCUUGACGGUGAUGGAUGCCAUGACGCAGAGAAUUGUGACAUCAUGGGAGGAAGAUCAGCUGGAAAUAACACAAAUAAAGGCUCACAUCAUGGGAGUGCAGACAUAUUUAAUUGUCACUGUUGAUGAUAUGGGCAUAGCAAGACUAUUUGCAUUCGCAUUUGACUGCCUGUUUUUGUUAAAGAUAUUGAAUGAACCGGACGGAGGAACCAAAAUUCUGGCCAGCAAAUGUGAAGCAUCUAUCGAGGGAGAUUAUGUUGGCAUUGUGGUAGAGAAUCCAAGUACUAAAGAAACAUGGCUUGAUAUCCACAAGACACCGCGAGAUGCCUGGCUGCGUGAACUGGAUGUUAUUCAAGCUCAGAUAGCUCCAAAGGAAGAAACGGGUGGUGAUAAAACCCAGACAGAAACUUCAAUGUACAACAGAGAACCACAAGACAAACCUGAAAAGAAAAAAAAAAAACAGAAACGGAAAGAACAGAGCCCUGAACCAGUUACGAGGCCGGUAACUCCACCAACAUUGACAGAUUUGUCUUCCUACAAGUUUACCUCACCAACCCUCGUGGUGAAAAUACGACCCACCCCUCCAAUUACUGGUUGUUCUUGCACUCUGUCAGUGGCCUGUAAUAAAGUGGAUCAAGGGGAGGUAAUCGGUAGUGGACAGAACCACAUUGUGACACCACAACACUUUGCAUUGCGUGACAAGAUGUUUGAUCACCUUCACGAAAAUGUCUUGCAAUACAUACCACCAAAGGACCCACUGGCAGCUGAGAAUAUUGUGAUGCCUAACUUCCAUUUCCUGACUGCCGGACGGAUGGUUUCUCCGGGACUUGAACAAACCACUCAAGCAGCACAGCCGACCACAGUGGCAGUGUGGUGGGAUGGAGGCUCUCACAUCAUGCAUUAUUCUCUUAUCAAGGGCGGCAAAGAUAUAGAACACAAGGCUGAUCUAGUCUGGCCGUUCACCUGUAAUAUCAAAUGUUCCGCCACGACGCUGUGUGACACUUUCAUAGCCGUCGGUCUGGAUAACGGCACAGUCUCCCUGUGGGACUGGCAUAUUGGAGUAGAUGUGGGUAUUAUAAGUGUCUCCACGGAAACGAGCAUAGAGCGACUCCGGUUCCUGGACCCGACCAUCUGUGCGGACGAGCAGCGGAGUUAUCCCCCAUACAAGACACGAGUGUCCACGUGUCUUGUGAUCCAGUGUAAGAACGGGGCACAGUAUCUGCACAACACGGCGGCGGGUUCCACCAUAGCACCUCUUUGUAUCUCAGAGGAGCCUGAAAAUGAGGAUGAGUAUGAGACUAUUCUUCAGACAAUGACUGAUGUACCUGAAGUAUUACUGGUUGUUGAGAAAAGUGGACACCUGUUAUUAAAGGACGUGACUACUGGAUUCAAACUCUGUCAGCUGUGUCUUCCUAUUACCUACAAGUUAGCAUCUCCAUGGCAACCAGUGUUUGCCUUUGGCGGUGGGGGACAGUUCGUUUAUGUGAAAGGUGAACUGCUUUACGAAGACAGUGAGCCUGAGGCCGAUACUAACUCGGCAGAUCAGGAAGCCAGUGAGCAGACGGAAACUGAUGCACAAAAUGUUGCCAGUGACCAGAAGGUUGCCAGUGACCCAAAGAUUGCCAGUGACCAAAAAGUUGGCAUUAAGCAAAAGGUUGCCAGUGACUUAAAGGUUGCCAGUGACCAGAAGAUUGCCAGUGACCAGAAUGUAGCCAGUGAACAAAAUGUAGCCAGUGACCAAAAGACUGCCAGUGACCAGAACGUAGCCAGUGAGCAGGAGGAGGUGAAGGCAGCUGGCGUCUGCAUGUCCCAGAUGUUCUUCUUCCCGCUGCGAUCGUUCCCGACCCUGGACAAGUACUGGGAGCGCAGGAGGACACCGGUGGAUCUGAGGGUCCAUUCCACGGUCGAGAACAGACUCCAGGCUUUGAUGGAGGCCAGAUGGGAAGAGCAGGCGCUAAGAAAAUGUCGAAUGCAGAUGCGGUGGAAAAUGCUGAGAGACGAACUGGAGUUGGUGAACCUUAGACGUGACAUGACCAAUAAAUCUCUGUCACAGACGUUCUAUGUGUUUGAGUCGAUAUCAGCUAUUUCUGAUACUAUCAGAUCUUGAGUCGGUAUCAGCUAUUUCUGAUACUAUCAGAUCUUGAGCAUUUGCCUGUGUUGCAAGACCGAGUCUACUUACAGAACUUCUCCGCCCAUUUUCUGAGUGUGUUAUAAACACUGUCAUACUCAUACUGUUGGAAUGUGCACCGUGACUUUGUGUUUACUUCAAAAAGGAAAAUGCAUGUCUGUGAUAUUUUCUUUUAUAUACAUGUAUCUCCAGAGACAAAAAAAAUGAAAUUGUUUUUGGUUUCAAUUUUGCUGCAGCACUGUUUUGUUGUUUAUUAGUUUAUCAAAAAAUAUUCCAUUGAAAAAAUACUGUUUUGUUUUAUUUUAUUUAGGAGAUAACCGUAUGGAGGUUUUAGAUUUGCGGGUGUUAUUGUCCAUUUGAUUCUGCAAAUGUCAUUUUUGACCGAAGGCGUUAGCCUGAGGUGAAAAAUGAAACAUUUGCGGGCAUCAAAUAGUCAAUAACACCCGCAAAUCUAAAAACUCAAUAUGGUUAUGUCCAUUGUAAACUGAAUUGGUUUUGUACAGAACUAACCGUAUAUUUGGCAUUUCUUGAAAAAAAUACCUGGCUACCUGUAGACCCUUGAAUCGUCAACUUCGCCUGUUCCAAUUGCUAAUGAUGUCACUUUCUAAUGACGUCAUUAGCGUUCCAGAUGUUAUUUUCAUUUGAUCCCGGAAAAAGAAUGUAAUUAACCAAUCACAAUACAGAACACACUCGCUAUCAGUUUACCAUUUUUUUUUAAAAAAUUUUUUUAAAUUAUUAUCAUUAAAACUGCAAUCUCAGUUACAUUUGAAGUAUUACUGUAAAGUAUUUACAACAGAACAUCGAGAGCCAUUCUUCAGUUUCCAUUAGCUACUGUCUCUAAUACAGGUCAUAUGAAAAUGCAUUGUUUGUAAAAUCAACACUCCAAGUGGUGGGACUCUUCUGAAUUGGUUGUGAUAAAAAUGUGCUAAAGUUGCAGCUACAUUUCAUUGUAGUAUCAACUGAAGGCAGUUUAGACUAUACUUGUGUUUGUAUUUUACAUUUGUAAUGUUUAUGGAUGUGAGAUUCCACAUUUAUUAGAUAUAUCAUUAUUUAUUUUUUUAAAUAUUUGUGUACAUUACAAUAAUUUAGAUUCAUAUUUUAAACGAAAUGUAAAAAAAAAAAAAAGAUAAAAAGAUUUUUUUUUAAAUUUGAUUCAAUAAAUUGUUUACAUGU